AUGAGUGCAGUUAACAUUACAAACGUCGCGGUGUUGGAUAAUCCGGCGUCGUUUUUGAGACCCUUCCAGUUCGAAAUCUCCUACGAAUGUGUUUCUCCUCUUAAAGACGAUUUGGAAUGGAAACUCAUCUAUGUUGGAUCUGCCGAGGAUGAAACUUAUGACCAACUAUUAGAAAGUGUUCUUGUUGGACCAGUCAAUGUGGGAAAUUAUCGUUUUGUUCUGCAGGCAGAUGCUCCGGAUCCUUCGAAGAUCCGUGAAGAAGAUAUAAUUGGAGUGACAGUGCUUCUCUUGACCUGCUCUUAUAUGGGUCAAGAAUUUGUUCGGGUGGGCUACUAUGUCAACAAUGAUUAUGAUGCUGAACAGCUGAGAGAAGAGCCUCCACAAAAGAUCUUGAUUGAUAGGAUCCAAAGGAACAUACUAACUGACAAACCUAGGGUAACUAAAUUUCCCAUUAACUUUUACCCUGAAAACAAUGAAAGUGGAGACCAAGGCCCUCAACCUGAGAGUGCUACAGGUGAAGAACAACUGCCUUCUCCCAAUAAUGAUGGACAACCAUAA